CUGUUUACAGCCCUUCCGUUCACCAGGGCAUGGUUAACUAGCCACAUAACCUGAAGCGGAGGUGCUGAGAGAGCAGCAGGAGGGAUUCCCUUUGGACAUUAACGCUCAGAGAAGGCUGCAAAAGGAAAGUGUUUUCUCAUCACUAGCCAACGGAGCUCGACUUCCAUCACUAGGCGGCGCUGUGCAUCUACUGUUAUGCAAAGCCUUUUUAGCCCCCUUGGCUUUCAUGACCACAAGUGAACAAACCCAUCCUGAUGUGCAUCAGUGUGGCUCCAUCCAAAUCAGGCAACGCAAGAGCAUCACAGACCUGGUUUCAAAGCUAUCUUGAUGGCCGUACAAACUUGGGAAUAAUGUGAGUCUGGUGUAGAAAAAGUUAACAUAACUAAUCGCAAAGCUCUAUGCAAAUAUAAAGUUUUUCAAAUGCAACAUUUUACCACGUUAUGUUUUCAGAUGGCUUGGAAAUGAUACCAUCUCAGGGAACAAUCUGCAACUGUUUUAGGAGUUAAAGUCGGAGGAACUGAUUUUAUUGAAAAACAUAGUACUUUGAUGCUGGAUAAUUUAAUCACGAGAUGAAGAUGCAAGUUGUUUGAGACAGACUAAGGAAGUCCGUAAAUGGAAUGGGUCCUCUGGUUUUUGGUAAUGGAAUGAUUAACACGGUCUUUGUCCUGAUGGAGGUGUAGUUUAAUCGAGAAGACAACAGAAAUACUAGUUUAUCACAGUACAUCAGAAACAAGCUAAUGCACUGACCUGAGUGAAGACACCUAAAGAAAAGAAUGACUGAAAAAGGCAUUCAAAGGUUCAGCAGAUGGGCCUUUCUGUUUAUAUUCUGUUUUAUAACUUUGUGGGGAAGGUUAAUAUUUGCAUCAACACAUCACAGAGUUCAUACAGUUCAUGUCGAGCCUGGCACAUGUGAAGUAAUCGCGGCACACAGGUGCUGUAAUAAGAACAAGAUUGAAGAAAGAUCACAGACAGUGAAAUGUUCCUGCUUCCCUGGGCAAGUGGCGGGAACAACACGGGCUGCUCCUUCUUGUGUUGAUGCAUCAAUAGUUCACCAGAAGUGGUGGUGUCAAAUGCAGCCAUGCCUAGAUGGAGAAGAGUGUAAAGUUUUACCGGACCUGACAGGCUGGAGUUGCAGUACAGGGAACAAAGUCAAAACAACCAAGGUGACACGAUAGUUUCUGAAGAAUGAUGAAUGGAUAUAUUUGAACAAUAAAGAGAGACUUGCUUGCCUCACUUGUAAAGUGGAAUAUGUUCAGAAAUCUUGGCAAGCUUCUUCAGUCACUUGAGAAAAUACAAUGAUAAUAGAAAAAAGUUAGAGAGACUGUGCAGCAAUGAGAACAGAAAGUAUAACACAAACCUGAAGUGCUUUAAAAAACUUUCAAAACUGGAAAAUAUAUAUCAUAACUAUUUGAAGAAAUAAAUUAUUUCUCUUCUGGAAUUUUGUGCACAGAACAGACUAUAAAGAAAAGCAAUGUUUUUUUUUCCACAAACCAGAAGAAAUAUAUAAUAAAGUGUACAUUUACAGAUUUACCACAAAAUCUGCCCUGGAGUUCAGAACAGACUGAUGGAGAGAAAAUGGUCACUCGUGGAAAAACUGUAAAAAGAAAUACUUAUGGUGCAGAUAAAGUUGUUACCACUGCAUUAACAGUAAAAAAUUGAUUAUGUAUUGUAACACUGUAUUGCAUUUUACUUGCUAUUUCACUUUUGUUUAUUUCUAACAAGUAGAGGUUAAUCAUUUUUUUUCUCAGCGGGCUUCAUAUCUUUUUUCAGACAGUAAUGUGACAGUAGUGGCAAUUAACAAACAUAUAACUGCAAGGCAAAGCUAUUUGGUACAUGGGACCUUUAAGUUCUGCUUCCUAGAUCAUGUUGUGGAUGAAACUCACAGUUGAAUACUGCAUAACAAGUUGACUGUUUUAUGUUUACUUUUCUAAAUCCCUUUGCAUUUACAGGUUUGACCCUCAUGUAUGUUGAAAAUGAAACAUUUCCACAGUUGCCCAGCACUAAAUUCUGUAAGUACAGUGGUGAAAUGUAUGAACGGUUACCUUAUAGUUAAUAAGUUUAUUUAGUUACUUAGUUCAUUGUGUUUUCAUUUCUGAUUUCUGGUAUUUCUCAAAAUCACACUAGAUUCAUAUUUUGGAGACCAUUGAUGAUUUUCAUGCAUUAUGAAAUUCUGAUAACCACAUAUCAUCUGAAUUACAUGUACAGUAUUAUCAGUAAGUCAUCUUAACCAAGUUUCAUGUCUAAACAUUCUGUUCUGGACCUUUUCUUGCAAAAUUUGUGCCAUUUUGUGUAGUAUCUGCAUUUCAUAUAGUCAGCAUUUCAAAUGGAUUAUACAAUAUAUUCCCAGAUAGAUAGAAAUUUCUACUGAUCCCCAGCCAGCCAGAAAUGUUCCAGAAAGAUGUUGUUUUGACCUAGAAAUGUGUGUUCAAACUAUAGAUAAAUCAUAGUGCAGCCUUUAAUAUCUGAUGACAAGUUAAAAGACAUUGCAACAUAGAAGUGUUUUUUAUUUUGUCAACAUAAUUACGUCAUAAUUAAAUUUGAAUAUUCAGAAUAGCUAAACAGAUUUAUAUAAAUCUUUUACAGCAUUAUGACCUGAUGACAAUAUAAUGCUAGUUUAACAGCUAAUGUAUUUCAAGCAUUUAUUUUCUUACAAUGCAUGACAUUUACUCGGGUGUCAUUUCAAAUGCUAACGGUAAAUCAGCCAAUAAACUGAAUGUCAAGGGUGAUAGGUUAUCCCAACAACCCAAGAGAAAUCUGAUUGGCAGUGUUGUAAUCAUGUUAGCUGAUUAUUAUUCAGCUUAUACUAAAGUAACUAUUUUGAUUACAUUUGUAAUGGUUAUUCCAGUUACUACUUAGUUUCUACAAAUAAUAGCAUGUUUUCAAAACCAUGCAGUGUUUCUACUAUAAAAAAAUGGCCUCAUGAUAAAUAUAAGAUGAUUUCUUCACUAUGAUUUUCUGGACUAUUCAGAACACUUGUUUAUCUGCUAAAUGUAUGUUUUAAGUGUUCCUUGACAAAUGUUAGUAAAAGGAGAUUUUUUUUCUUGA